ACGCCCGCUUGGAGAAGAAGGGAGGAGACAGGGCGGGGUGAGGGCUCGGUAACGCCAACAGGGGAUGUACUUGCGCGCGCACCCGCGACCUCUGACCCUGUGGUCUCACUCCAGACCCCGACCUGACCUGACUACAUCUUUUUUUAACCUCGAGCUCUGGCCAGUCUUGGCCCCAGGACCUCCGAUCUCACCCCCAACCUAACCAUAUUCUGGCCUGGUGUGAUCCUCAAUCCCUGUUUUGUUCCCUUAAACCCAGCCCUGACCCCAAACCCCACCCAGUUCUGCUCUCGGGAUCCUUGGCCUGCCCCUGCUCCAUCUCUGAAGCUCAUCUUGCCUUGUCCUGAUCAUCCCAGUUUCUGGCUUGAUGCUUGACCUGUCUGUUCCCUAAACUCUUGUUCAGCCCCUGAUCCCCUUCCAGUCAUGUCCUGUCCCCCUAACUGCAGUCUGAUCCAGGUCUGUCUGGAUUCCUGAUCUCUGAAUUCUAAACUUUCUCCCCACCCUGUGCUAUCCUCCUGGUCCCCUCCUGACUCCCCAUCUCCCUCCUGGCCCACCCCCUUUAGACAGUCCCUCUGUUUCCUGCCCUGUCCCUGCCCCCACCCCUGUGCUGUUUUCCCCUGUCUUCUCUUGUCCUAUCACUGUCCUCAUUCCUCUCCUUAUUCUGUCCCAGUCUUUUCCUGUUCCUUACCUCCAUUAUGAACUGGCCUUUUCCCCUCUCCCCUUCCUUGACCACCAUCUUGGCCUGUCCCCCAUCAUGUCUUCUGACUACCAUUCUAUACUGACCCUUCCCUGCUCUUUUGUUCCUUGCUGCCCCCCUACGUUUUCCUCUGACCCUUGUCCACAACCUCACUCUAUCCCAUCCCCUGGCCAGUGUCUUGGCUCCUUCUCUGUCCUGCCUCCUGACCUCCAUCCUAUGAUGACUCUGAUUCUGUCUUGACCCCUACACUCCUUCCUGUUCUCUUCCUUCAUCCCCUCCCAACUCCAGGCCCUUGUUCUACCCCUCACCACGCCCCUCCACCCUGUUCAGAUCUCCCUCUUCCUAACACCCACUUUCCCUCUCCUCUCAGCCCAGAAGAACUAGGGUCCUGUUAUACCCUGCCCCUGAACUUAGAGGUUCUACUAUUUCCAUGAUUGCAAGUUCAUCCCAAAUGCUUCUCUUAGUAUAAGCAAGAGCAAACAGCCUUGGCCCUGUGUGGCUAAGGGGGUUUUCAUAUGUGAUGCCCUUCACCCUCACCCAGUGAUCUCACACACAGCUUGCAUUUGUCUCCCUGCCCCAGGAGGUCAUGUAACUGUUCCUAUGUCCCCCCACCCUACCCAAGUGUGAAAGAACAUCCUAAAUUAUUCAGUGACUCUCUGGGAGUCUGUGAGGUCUGGAUCAUGUUUCCAGCCUGGCUAGGUUGGGGGCUGCCCCAUGUCAAGGUGGGGGGUGUGGUGAGCAAACAUGCAGGGGUGGGAGACUCAGGAGUAUGUGUGACUCUUCCGUGUCAUGUUAACCCCCAUCUGCUAGUCCUGAUCCUGGGUGUGCAUGAUCUCUGCUUUCCUGGCCUGAAAAAAUCCAUUCCAGGCCAGAGGCUUCAGGGCUUGAUGGGGGUGGGAUGGGGGUUAGAGGGGUUCUAUCCCCCUUUCUCUGCUGUAAGCAAUACAAAUUUCGGUGCUAAGUCCAUCCCAUCUGUGUGUGUGUGUGUGUGUGUGUGUGUGUGUGUGUGUUGGGGGCAUGUGUGUCGCUGGGUGUUAGAAUUAGUCCUAUCCUGUAUUGACAAUAACAGCUAGAGCAAUACAAGUUUCUUUCACUGAAUCUCCUUGAUUCUGAGGACAGGCAGGGAGAAUUUGGAUAGCAAGAAGGUAACGUGUUAUUCAAUUGUGUUUUGUUCCUGCAUUUGUCAUAGAGAGUAGUAACAGCUUGAAUAAUGAGAUACUAGACCCCUCUCAUUUAUCUAAAACACUUAUCCAAACCUAUUUUUUGAGCCCAAUGUGAGGCUUGAACUCAUAACCCUGAGAUCAAAACCUGAGCUGAGAUCAAGAGUCAGACGCUUAACCAACUAAGCCACCCAGGCACCCCUGUCCAAACCUACUAAUAACAACACAAGCGUUCAUUGUUCCAGUGUCUGUCUAGCACCUGACUUCUGAGAGGGAGCACUCGGAUAAUCCAGACAGUGAAAGGUACCAAGUUAUCUGAAGAGGUUUUUUGUUUGUUUGUUUUUGCAUUUUACAUAGUGGGGAGGGUUCAGAUGAUGAGGGAUAAUGGCUCCAACUAAAAGAUAUAUUCAAAUCGAUUCAUUUCCUUGAACUCUAGUGGCAGGAGUUGGAACAGUAAGAGGACUGUGUUGUGUGAAUAUAUUUGGUUCCUGCAUUUUGCCUGGUGAGUAAGGGAAGCUCAGAGAGUACGGGACGCCAAUUCUAUCUCAAAGGUGUAUCCAGAUCCAUUCAGGUCCUGUAUGUGGAUAGUGAGCUUUUGGAGAAUGUGUCUGAAUAGGUUUGGUUCCUGCAUUGUUGAUGUUGGGUAGCUAGAGGUCUGAUAAUGAUGGAAAACAGCUCUGUUUCAAAUAUGUCUGGUUUGAUAUUUAGGGAGGGUUCAAUGUCUGGGUGAUAAGUGGGGAGGCUGUGGAGGCUGAGGUAUACCAGUUCUGUCUCAGCAGUGCAUCUGCAUACAUUUAGUUUCUGAUUUUGGAUAGUGAAGAGUUUGGACAUGCUUAUUUGAGGGAAAACAGCUCUGUUUGAAAUUUAUCGGGUGGAGCUGGGGGUACCAGCUCUGUCUCAAACACACACACACACACACACACACACACACACACGAUUCCCGAGUUUGGAUUGGGAGGAAUGUUGUAAUUAUGACGGCCAAUAUAUAUUGAGCACUUACUUACCAAGGGCCAGUUACUGUCCUAAACAGUCUUAAGUGUCUUAAUUCAUGUCAUGCUCACAACAGCCCUGUGAAGUGCAUAUUGUUGUCAUUACCCCUGUUUUACAGAUGAAGACAUUGAGGCUCAGAGAGGAUAAGUGACUUGUCUGGGCAGCCACAUAGCCAUAAGUGGCAGAGCAGGGUUGAAUCCCAGAGCCAUGGUUUCCUACCCCUACAGGAGGCCACAUGGGGCUCAAGUCCCAGCUGUGGUGGGACCUAGAGGUUGGCCAUCUUGCAGGACGACGAUGUGUGUGGGUGAUUCUGCCCCACCUGUUGGCCUGGCCCAAGAGGCCCAAUUACCUGCUCUCCCCUCCUUACUCCUGCCCUAGCCCAUCUCCACACGGGUUUAUUAUUGUUGUUAUUAACAGACAUUAACGACGUGGUGUGAGUUUCCUUGUACUUUGAAAUGCCUUCCAAAGUGAUUCUGGUCUCUGUUGGCCCUGGAAAUGCUGUUUACCCAUUUUACAGAUGAGGAAAGCUAAACCUUGGUGCUCAGUCUGCAUUGCCAGCCAGAUACCCUUGGCCGUCUCAGCUCUGGGUUCAUAAGUGUCCCUCUUCCCAUCGUUCUUGCUGUCCCCCAAGAGGCGGGAGAGAGGCCGUGGCUGAGGGGACACUCCCCAUGGACACUCAGCCACCCACCUUAUGGCUGCUGCCUCCACCAGCCCUAGGCAGUGGAGGCGAGGGAAGGGGGCGGAUGAAAGGAACCUUUGUGUCCCGUGCCAGAAAUCUCACUCCCAGGAAGAAAGGUGGGCAGGGUGGCAGGAGGCCUCGCAUUGCGUGUCUACAUAUACGGGGCAGGGCAUUGCUGGAACAGUGCUCCCCUCCAGGCUUGGCCCCCCUACCAAGUGGGGAGGGAGCUUUCCUCACUCUGCUCUUUCACAUCACAGCAUGGGCUGCUGCAGGGGCCCGGGUUGGGCUUGGGCCCUGAGGUCACAGAGCAGAUGGUCCCAAAUGGAGCACAGGAUGUGUGGUAUGUGCCGGGGCAGGCCAGAGCCCUCAAUUUCCUUGACUCCUGGCCAGAAAUGCUCAAGGGGGAGGGGUGGGGCAGAGCCAACCUGGAUGUGAAGAAGCAUGAGCCCCCUCCCCACUUUUCCUCCCUUGCAGGAGUAGCCCCUGUCCACCUCCAGCCCAGGACCCGGCCCCCCACGUUCUGAGUCCACCCGCUCUUAUGCAUCUGUGAUCAGAAUCAGGCCUCCUCACCUCUCCGAGCCCCAGCUUCCGCAUCUACGAGCUGGCUAUGAAGAGCUGGGUCUGCGUCAUCCUCCCAGGUACCUGAGGCCACCCCACAGCACCUCUCCGGAGUUGGCAGGACUCCUGACUGCGGCCCAUGGGCCUCUGAGGAGGCGUCGUAAGUCUGCCUAGCUCCCCACGUGCUGUGCGUCCACUCAAUGGGAAGGGGACCAAGCUCCUGUGCGUCACUGCCAGGCCUUGUCCAGCCAUCAGCCACGGCCUCUCGACAGCACCAGGAUGGAAGUCAAAGGUCAGCUGAUCAGCUCGCCCACCUUCAAUGCCUCAGCUGCCCUGUUUGGAGAGGCUGCCCCCCAGGUGAAGUCAGAGCGUUUGCGGGGGCUGCUUGACCGGCAGCGGGCCCUGCAGGAGGCCCUGAGCCUGAAACUUCAGGAGCUCCGCAAAGUGUGUCUGCAGGAGGCGGAGCUGACCGGCCAGCUGCCCCCUGAGUGCCCGUUGGAACCUGGGGAACGGCCGCAGCUGGUCCGCCGGCGGCCCCCUGCAGCCCGCGCCUACCCUCCAUCACACCCCAACCCAGCACACCACUCCUUGUGCCCUGCUGAGGAGCUGGCUCUCGAGGCCCUGGAGCGGGAGGUGUCCGUGCAGCAGCAGAUUGCAGCCGCCGCCCGCCGCCUGGCCUUGGCCCCUGAGCUGAGCAUUGAGCAGCGCCGCCGCCGGCGCCAGGUGCAGGCAGAUGCGCUGCGGAGGCUGCACGAGCUGGAAGAACAGCUGGGGGACCUCCGGGCCCGCCUCGGCCUCCCGGGGCUCCCCCCUCCGCAGCCCCUGGCCCUGGCCCCGGCCCCUGGGGCGCUCAUCACCACCCAGGGAGUAUGCCUGGGCACACGCCUCGCCCAGCUCAGCCAAGAGGAUGGAAUCCUGCACUCGGAGAGCAGCUCCCUCUCGGAGUCUGGGGCCAGCCAUGAUAAUGAGGAGCCCCGUGGCUGCUUCCCCCUGGCCGAGCGCCCCUCACCACCCAAGGCCUGGGACCAGCUGCGGGCCGUAUCUGGGGGCAGCCCUGAGCGGCGAGCCCCAUGGAAGCCACCCCCGUCAGAUCUUUAUGGGGAUCUGAAGAGCCGGCGGAACUCUGUGGCCAGCCCCACCAGCCCCACACGCUCGCUGCCCAGGAGUGCCUCCAGUUUUGAGGGGCGAAGCGUGCCUGCUACCCCUGUCCUCACCCGGGGCGCUGGCCCCCAGCUCUGCAAACCCGAAGGCCUCCAUUCUCGCCAGUGGUCCGGCAGCCAGGACUCCCAGAUGGGCUUCCCCCGGGCAGACCCUGCCUCCGACCGUGCCUCCCUCUUCGCAGCCCGCACCCGUCGAAGCAACAGCUCUGAGGCCCUGCUUGUGGACCGGGCAGCUGGUGGGGGAGCUGGCUCCCCGCCUGCGCCCCUGGCUCCCCCUGCCGCUGGCCCCCCGGUCUGCAAGAGCAGCGAGGUGCUGUAUGAGCGCCCACAACCAACCCCUGCCUUCUCCUCCCGCACAGCUGGCCCCCCAGACCCUCCCCGGGCUGCCCGGCCCAGCUCAGCUGCCCCUGCCUCCCGUGGGGUUCCCCGGCUCCCACCUGUGUGCGGGGACUUCCUCUUGGACUAUUCCCUGGACCGGGGCCUGCCCCGCAGUGCUGGUGGUGGGGCGGGCUGGGGGGAGCUGCUGCCUGCAGCUGAGGUCCAAGGACCCCUCUCCCGCCGGGAUGGGCUCCUCGCCGUGCUCCCGGGCCCACCACCCGUGUACACAGCUGACGGCAGCAGCCCCCUCCUCCGCAGCAAGGACCCCCACUCCCGUGCCACCCGCACCAAGCCCUGUGGCCUAUCCCUGGAGGCCGCCGAGGGGCCCGAGGUGCAUCCAAGCCCUCUGCUGUGGAUGCCCCCCCCCACCCGUGUCCCCCCGGCCGGUGAGCGCAGCGGCCAUAAGAACCUCGCCCUGGAGGGGCUGCGGGACUGGUACAUCCGCAACUCGGGACUGGCUGCCGGGCCCCCACGCCGGCCUGUGCUGCCCCACGUGGGCCCGCAGCACCCGCCCUUCCUCCAUGCCCGCUGCUAUGAGGUGGGCCAGGCGCUGUAUGGGGCCCCCAGCCAGGCGCCGCUCCCGCACUCGAGGAGUUUCACGGCACCCCCUGUCUCCGGCAGAUACUACGCGGACUUCCUGUACCCCUCGGAGCUGAGCUCUCGUUUAAGUGACCUGACGCUAGAGGGGGAGCAGUCCUCCAGCUCUGACCCCCAGACCCCGGGGACACUGGUCUGACCCCUUGUUGUCCCAGGCAUGACUUUAGUCUGGGGAACACACGGCUGACCUCGCUGAACCCCGGGGUGUGAUUGCUCAGUCCUGGGGGGGUGCCGACCUGAUCUUCCAAGGCCCCUGGCUCCUUGUGGACCCACGAAGGUGUCUGACUCCCUGCUUCCCCUCUUAUGCUGUGCUGGGAACUGGGGCCCUCAGCCAGCUGAAAAAAGAGGGGAUGGUGUAAUGGGGGCUCCAGGCCCCUUCCUCCGUUUCUGUUUACACUUGUGAUUUAGGUAUUCACUGUCUUCCCCCAACACUAGACCUUUUAUAAAAGGGAAACUGUGAUCUCGUCCUGGUUGGGUUCAUUCCUAUCCCCAUGCCCAGCCUGUUCCAUUUAGGAACCUCUUCCCCCCCC